AUGGUAAGGGCCGUCGCUGCCACAGCUCCGUGCCAGGCCGCUAGUGCCGUCGCAGGGGUUAGGUUAGAUCUUGAGGCGAGAAUCCUGGCUUCCAUCUUCGCGUGGCGCAAGGAGGCCAUUGCUCGCGACUUCUGGCCAGCGCCCCAGGAGAUCAGAGCGCAGCGCGAGGAAGUACGUCAGGAAGCAGUGGAGUGGUGGUCGACCAGGCUUGAACACCCUAGCGCAGGAGUCCGCACCAUUGAGGCAAUACGGCCAGUGCUACAACAAUGGUUGGACCGUGAGCAUGGCGUGCUCACUUUCCGGCUUGUGCAAAUACUCUCGGGCCAUGGCUGUUUCGGCUCGUACCUGUACAAAAUCGCUCGGAGAGAGCCGACGCCGGUAUGCCAUGCUUGCGGUGCUGGCGAAGACACGGCCCAGCACACGUUGGCCGAGUGUCCGACAUGGGAGGCGGAGCGACAGGAGGUGAUAGCCCAGGUGGGGCCGGACCUGUCGCUGCCGGUGGUGGUGCGGGCCAUGGUAGCCAGCAAGGAAGGGUGGGAGGCUCUGCUCUCUUUUAGCGAGCACGUCCUCAACGAGAAAGAGGCGGCGGAGCGCGAACGGGAAGCCCAGGCCGAGGCACCCCCGAUGCGCCGCCGCCGCACAGGUCGCAGACGUGCCGCUCACGAGCGGAACCUGCCACCCUAA